UCUCUUUUUGGAAAAUUUUGAAGAUGUUGGAUGGCAAAGCAAGGGAAAGGUAAGAGUUAUUCGUCCUCCUUCGACCCACCCACCCCGAGAUUUGCAAUUAUUAGGGCAAAGGGUUUCGUGUUCUUCUCCAUCUCUGCCGUUUCGCCAUUAACGUUUCGAUGAAUUCCUUGAAAGAGAAAGCUGCCGACAAGCUGUCUCGUCUUUUUACCGACUCUGCAUCUUCCGUUGUUAGUCCUGAUCCUGAGGCCAGGCCAUUUUCUAAGGAGGGUUUAAAUAAUUCGGAGAAAUCUUUAUCAUCAUAUUUUACAUCACUUCUCCCCUCAGCAACCUUUGGUGGACGCAAAUCUAGUAGGCGUCAACAUGACACCAAACCGCUCCAAUCACUUCCUAGUAAAUGGAGAAGCAAAAGUUUUAAGUGGCAAGAAAAUCCACUUGAUUCCAGUACAGAGUAUGGACCAUGUAAUGACAAAGAAAUUCCAAAUACAACGGAAGAAGAUGAAGAACAUGCCGCAAGCAGAAACAGUAAAGAUGCUGAUAAAUUUGAAGAAGCAACUACCUCACAUGUUCCACCGAAAGUUGUUCCUGAUUUUAUUGAGAAUUCUUCAUUUAUUUCUUCAGAUUUGUUCGAAUUCUUUCAGUCAUCUCUUCCUAAUAUAGUGAGAGGCUGCCAAUGGGUCCUGCUGUAUAGUACGUUGAAACAUGGAAUAUCGUUACGUACACUUCUUCGUAAGAGUACCGAUCUUCCUGGUCCUUGUUUGCUGAUCGUUGGUGAUAUGGAAGGCGCUGUGUUUGGUGGUCUGUUGGAAUGUCCCCUAAAACCUACGCCAAAAAGAAAAUAUCAAGGAACAAACCAAACAUUUGUAUUUACUACUAUAUAUGGUGAACCAAGGCUUUUCAGGGCAACUGGUGCAAAUCGGUAUUUUUACCUGUGCUUGAAUGACUUAUUGGCACUUGGCGGGGGUGGAAACUUUGCUCUAUGCUUGGAUGGAGAUCUGUUGCGUGGAACAAGUGGACCUUGUGAAACCUUUGGAAACGUGUGCUUGGCCCGUAGUCCUGAAUUUGAACUGAAGAAUGUCGAGUUAUGGGGAUUCGCACAUUUGUCACAAUACCUUACUUGACCUGAGGGGCCUGAGACUCAGUUUCUUUACUCCAAUGAGUUCCAUCAUAAUGAUAGCAUAAUUCUUUAUUCUUUCGUAAAUUAACUUUCUUUUUGGGCCUGCAUAAGGCUUUGCCGAGUGUAGAGUAUCAUACAUUUUGCCCCAUGUCUGGAGAGAGUUUGCUUUAUUUAAAACGUCUUGUACAACCCAGCUUUCCGAUUAAAUGACGAUGUAAAUUAGCAAUAUUUGUGCGACUA